AUGAAAAUACUCGGUUCCUUACUCGUGCUCGCGGCAUCAUCUGCUGCAAACUACGUCUGUCCAGCGGCUCCCUCGAUGAACGACAGUACAGCACUAGAGUACGGCCAUCAAAUACAACGACUUCUCGUUCAGUACUAUCAUAGUGUCCCGGUUAAUGUAUCUUUCUUCUCAUCUCUGCCCGAGGGACAAACGACGGCUUCGAACGGCAUGACACUUGCCGAAAACACAUUGACCAAUGUUCAAGGCCUGGAGAAGCAGGCUGCGCUCGCAUUGCGAGCAAUCUCGGACGAAAUCAGUACGAUCAAAGGUGCCUCCAUGCCGAACAUGUGCGAUGUCAUGUUGCCGGCAGUGCUAAACGCAUCUGCUCAUCUUAUGAACGCCUUUAACAUUGAGGCGAGCUUGUGUGGUGCCUUCAUUGGUCUGGGCGAUUACUUCCAGUCACCGACUCUGAACUCGCUCAGUGCAAGGAUCGCUGCCGAACACGGUAUCCAUGCUUCUGCACUCCGAUCGAUGAUGCAGCCCGUCGGAUUUAUGCCUAACAGCACCAUGUUGACACCGGCCUUUCGGCCUGAUGAGGUCCUGAGUACUGGCACCGUGCGGUGGGAUGGUUUCAUUCGGUCCUUUGCUAUCUAA